AAUUGGCGUCGUGAAUUGACAGAUUUUUGCUGAAGUUGCUGAGCUCGAUUUUGUCAUUGUAUUCUUGUAGAAACCGAACAAUUUUUGUUUCGUUACAAUCGUUUAUCUCUUUAAAACUGCUAGACUGAAAAACAGACUACAAAAUGAGUUUCGGUCUGCCACCGUUGAAAGUGAAGCCCGAGGUCGGGAGCGACAUCAAAGUGCAGGAAGGCCCGUUCGGAGUCCCGGAACCUUUCACUGCCGGGCUGGGAGCGACUAAGGCAAAUGUCGGCAUCACACAUCCUUUGGAAGUGUCUGAACGUAAUUACCGCUUGAAUGAAGACAAAAUGAAUAUGGCAAUGCUCCGAAGCAUCCAGGGGCUCCAUGCACCAAUGAGACUCAAUAUGGAAUUGAACUUUGUUAAUAAGGUGGGCCGACUCCCUUUCCUGCCGAGCUCUAACCUUCAGCGCGACGUCUUAACCGGGCGUGACAUUGAAAUGGGCUUCGAAGACAUCCUCAAUACUCCAGAGCUGUGCGAAGUUGCCGGUCAACCCCAUGCUGUGGUUGAAAGGUCACUUGGGCUUCUGUGAGAUACGUUAAUUUGUAUCUAAACAAACAACUGAACUAAAGAGCUAGAAGACUUGUGACUAGUUUUCUAGCUCUUUGGGGGUUUUUACUUUUUGGUGUAAUUUUAGGUUUCCCUUAUAGCAUCAGCUAUAGGGGAAACCGUGGUGGGUAUCGUAGUGGGUAUCAACCCACAUUAAAUACGGUACCUGGAACAUGCCCAGCAAUGCUCCAGCUGUCUGUUUGUUCAACUGUUUGUAUUUAAACUUAAUUAAAGUAUGUAUUUUUAAU